AUGCGCUGGGUGGGACAGACCGCAUUGAAAACUAUGGCGUGGGUACCGGCGGAGUCUGCAGUGGAAGAGUUGAUGCCCCGGCUGUUGCCAGUGGAGCCCUGCGACUUGACAGACAGUUUUGAUCCCAACGUACCUCCGAGAACUCCCCAAGAAUACCUAAGGCGGGUCCAGAUCGAAGCAGCUCACUGUCCAGAUGUUGUGGUAGCUCAAAUUGACCCAAAGAAGUUGAAAAGGAAGCAAAGUGUGAAUGUUUCUCUUUCAGGAUGCCAACCUGCUCCUGAAGGAUAUUCCCCCACUCUUCAGUGGCAACAGCAGCAAGUGGCACAGUUUUCAACUGUUCGGCAGAGUGUGAACAGACAUAGAAGUCACUGGAAAUCACAGCAGUUGGAUAGUAAUGUGACCAUGCCAAAAUCUGAAGAUGAAGAAGGCUGGAAAAAAUUUUGUCUGGGUGAGAGGUUAUAUGCUGAAGGGGCUGUUGGACCAGCUGCAAGUGAAAGUCCUGGAAUCGAUUAUGUACAAAUUGGUUUUCCUCCCUUGCUUAGUAUUGUUAGCAGAAUGAAUCAGGCAACAGUAACUAGCGUCUUGGAAUAUCUGAGUAAUUGGUUUGGAGAAAGAGACUUUACUCCAGAAUUGGGAAGAUGGCUUUAUGCUUUAUUGGCUUGUCUUGAAAAACCUUUAUUACCGGAGGCUCAUUCACUGAUUCGGCAGCUUGCAAGAAGGUGCUCUGAAGUGAGGCUUUUAGUGGACAGCAAAGAUGAUGAGAGGGUUCCUGCUUUGAAUUUGUUAAUCUGCUUGGUUAGCAGCUAACUUCAUGAUGGUAUUUAAU